AUGGGUCGUCUGCACGACAUUCCACCCGACCGUCGCUACACGUACGAGCCGCUCCCAACGCCCACGUCGAUCCGCCUCGUCAGCCUCAAGCUCAAGACACUGCGGGGCCAGGGGCAGGGCCAGGGACAGCCUGAGAGUGUCAGGGAUGGUGGCCCCAUCGAGCUCUCGAUGCGCGUCGUCGACCUCGAGGACCAACCCAUCACCUACGAAGCCCUUUCGUACACGUGGGGCCGCCCCGUCACCGUAUUCCCUUCGCUCAAGGCGCGCGACGACGACGGCGCCUGGGAAGGCGAUGUGCUGUGCGACGGCAAGGUGCUGCCCAUAACGCUCAACCUGUACCGCUACUUGCUCGAAUGGCGGCACAUCUGCCAAGUCAUGGCCAACCCGCCCCCGCACAUCGCUGCCAAGAUGGCCACCACCUCCCUCCGUCUGCCCACCGAGAUGUGGAUCGACGCCCUGAGCAUCAACCAGCACGAUGCCGACGAGAAGGGCGUCCAAGUCGCCCUGAUGGGCCGCAUCUACCGCCAGACCACCAAAAUCACCGUGUGGCUGGGCCACGAGGACGUCUUCACCCGCCCCGCCCUCGAGUUGCUUUUCAAGCUGGCCACAACGCCGCGCGCCACGGCCAGGGCGGCGCGGACCCAGCAUCGCCUGCCGGCAAGGUGCACCGCGCUGGGGCUCCCUGCUUGGGACUCGAGCCACUGGUGGCCCGUGUUCGCCUUCCUGCAACGUGCCUGGUUCCGUCGCAGUUGGGUCAUCCAGGAGCUGGCUCUUGCCCCCAAGGCCCAGAUGCAGUGCGGCACCCUCACCUUCCCCUGGGAGGCGCUGUCCAACGCCUGCAUCAACCUGACCGAGACGGGACUGGGCGAGGCCGUCGACAUGUGGGCCUGGUUCGAGGUCAACGGCCCCCGUCUGAGCACGCCACUGUGGGACGACGAGCUUAACCCCAUCAUCGUUCACUCACCCCGCCCGGACGACAACCGCAACCUCUUCACCACCCUUGAACGCCGUCGGCCCAGCUACCUGGCCUUGAUCACCCUAGAACACAUCAAGAAGCGCAGCUAUAACCCCACCAGCGUGGGCCCGCGGCGCCCGCCAGCGACAGUGCAAGAGGAAGAGGAAGGACAGGAGGCCCAACCUGUCCCGCUGUUGCAGCUGCUGGACGACUGCCGCGGCUACGAUGCGAGUGAUCCCCGCGACAAGAUAUUCGCCUUUCUGGGUAUCUCCCAGAGCCCGCCGCGCACGCCGGCUGCAGCGCACGAGUCUCUGCGUCCCCUCCGUGCUGACUACCACCUCACAGCAGCAGAGGCAUUUCUCCAGACCGCCUGGCACACUCUGCUGACCACGGCCAACUCGCUCGAACUUCUCAGCCGGCAGAGCCUGCCGCAUAAUGACGACCCGCCGUCCCGCGUCAUUGAUAUUGCGUCGUGGGUGCCAGACUGGAGCACCGGCCCGCAGGUCAGGCGCCUGGUCAGCCCAGCCGCCGCCAAAUGGGCUGCCUCGCGCGGCCUGUGUUGGGUGCCUCCCGAGCCCGCCAAGAUGCACCAGCCCUUCCUCGCGGUCCACGGCGCGCUGGUCGACUCGGUCGCCGCCGUAACCGACACGUUGGACGGGUUCAAGUUUUCCCCAACAGAAUUUGCCGUGCUCACCGACGCGUCGGGCAGCUUCGGCUUUUCGCUGACAAAGUCCGCCGUCGUGGCCGCAGAGCUUCCCCCGCGCUACCCCUGGCCGCCGCAGGACAGCUCCUCCCCGGACCAGACGCCCGGUGAGGUCCUGUGGCGGACCAUGGCAGCCGACACGAUCGACGGCACCACCGGUCCAGCCCCGGCCGCGUACCACAGCGUGUUCCACGCGGCGUGGCAGCGGACAGCACGGCGGGCGUGCCGCGACAUGAACUCUGACCAUGGGCUGCGCGACGCCAAGAAACACACCGAGUGGCAGCGCGUGUUCGAGAGCUGGGAGCCGCUGUUCCCGGACGAGGUGGACGACGCCGUGGCCGAGUUCGACAGCUCCGCCUCCGAAAACCAAAAAGAGCGGCCAAACCUCUCGUCUGGCCCCGGCCGCACCGAAGGCUACGCCGAGCUGCUCGCCGCCAGCCGCGGCGUGGCCCGCACCAAGCACACGCUACCGCCCGACGCCAACGAAGCCGACGGCGGCAGCGAUAAGUACGGCAUGUGGGCGUACGCGCCGCGGCCCGACGCCAAGCGCUCGCAGACAGACCGCGUUUUUGACGAAAUGCUUGCCGCCAUCAUGGCCAGCCUACAGCACGAUCGCGACGUAGAAGGGCGAGACCAAGAAAUUUCUUCUAUCCCCGAUCAAGCCCUGCUCAGCAAGGCCCUGCAGCUGCUAGCGGUAGACACUGACGGGGACGCUGCCGAGGCCCGCGCACACGCGGCGCAGCUGGUGGCUCUACAGACGGAGCUCGAGGCGCUAGCAGAGCGGGCGGCGGCAGACCCGGGGCUAGAGCGGGCGCUGCGGAAGCAGCAGCAGGGAAUAGCCACUGGGGACGGGGCGGGCAAGGUGCAAGGUCGGUUCGUGCGCAUUGGCAACGGCAUCACGGAACUAGAUACCGACUUCAUGAUAGACCUUUCACCCGAGAAGGACAAGCUGGCCGUGGCAGUACACGGCCUUCUACGUGACGCAUCUGGAGGCAACUGGUCGCUGGAGCGGCCGGAGACGCCUGAGUUUGACGACGGAUUUGAGGGUCAGGAUAAGGAGGAUAGCAGUGUUGUUAGUGUCAUUGUUGCAGCUGACGCAGAAGACAGAGAGGAGAUGGCUGCGGCCUUGACAGCGCGGCACGAGGCAGUCUCGACGGGGCGCGCCAUUUUCCGGACAGAGGAGAACUACUUAGGUAACGGCCCCCGGAGCGUGGUGCCGGGCGACCAGGUGUGGGUGCUGACCGGCGCCGCCACACCCAUUGUGCUGCGACCGCUAGCUGACGGGCGGUUUGUGCUCGUGGGCGAGGCGUAUGUCCACGGCAUCAUGCGGGGCGAGGCAUUUGACCGACCCGGUUUCUCCAUGCGGCACAUUGAGCUUGCGUAG